CACUUGAACGACUCGUUCCCAUGGUUACAGACAACACAGAUACAGGAGAGACGGGAGAACAGACACAAGCGACUGCCGUUCCAAGACUCCUUUGAUGGCCGGUUUGAUCUAUUCAGUUACAAUCUCAUACUGAGUGGUGUGUUCAAUUGUCUGCCUCCCCUGAGGAACAACCAUGGCUCAUCACCAGGGGUUCCUCAGCCGUCUUUCUAAACAGGAGCGGGACACGUAUGAAACCAAAGUGGCCGCUGCGGACUUCUACCGGGCCAACCGAGUCCCCGAGGAGAUCGAGCGAGCGCUGAACGAGCUCUUCCUCCGCAAGCCCCCGGACGUCCACGGCUUCCUGGCCGAUCACUUUGCGAACCUCUCCGCGCCACCGAGGAUUAUCAGGCUGAAUGGACGCCAGGUCUAUGAUUCAAGGGGACAACCGUCCGUUGAGGUGGAUGUUUUCUGCAUCGUCCGCAACAAGGAGAGGGUCACAUCAGCUGGCGUCUCCGGCCUCUUGGGGCCCGAGGAGCCGGCGGACCAUGUGACCACGGCUGUCCAGUGGAUCGACGAGCCUCUGAACAACAUGCUGCAGGGCCAGAGCCCCUUUGACCAAUCAGAAGUCGACCGUGCACUCAGCAGUUUCUUCAGGGCGCGCUCCCUGGAGCAGGACGAGAUCCGCAACAGGGAGAAGGAGAAUCUUUCGCCCGGCGCGUCUGAGGUGGUGCCUCCUCCGGUAACACCCGCAUCGGCCAAAGACAAAAAGUCUAAAAAGAGCAAAGCCGCAGAGAAGCCAAUCCCUCCAGCGGAGCCGCCAGAACCCGUUCUCGCUGGGAGCUUGGCCAUCGGUUCGGUGUCUCUGGCCGUCGCCGCAACCGGGGCACAGCUACGGGGCGUGCCCCUCUACAGAUACAUCGCGGCUCUGAGGGGCCGAGAGGCUCCAGCAAAGUUCCACAUCCCCGUCUCCUUGGUGACCUUGCUGAGCUGUGGGAAGGCGUCUCCCGGGAAGCUGAGUUUACUGGAGGAAAUCCUCCUGGUCCCUAAAGCGGGACAACGAGUCAAACAGACCAUCACAAUGACCCUUGAGUUACAGAAGGAGAUGAUAAGAAUAAUGAACUCUGCGACAAAGGCUGGGGUCACCCCGGCUGCUCUGCACGACAGCGGGGCGCCGGCUGUGAGCUUCGAGAAACCCGAGCAGCCUCUGGACCUGGUCGGCGAAGCCUGCGCCAACCUGGGCCUGGCGCUGGGAACGGACAUCCAUUUGGCGGCGAACUGUGCCGCCCGCGAGCUAAUGGACUACACCAAAGGAAAGUAUGAAGUCACAGCGGGAGUUUUCAAGUCUCCGGACGAGUUGAUGGACGUGUACAAGACCCUCGUCGGCAAAUAUACAGCAGUGGUGGCCUUAAUCGAUCCGUUCAGGAGAGAGGACAGGGAGCAGUGGGAGAUGCUGGGCAACCUGAUCGGAGGCUCGUGCUCGCUGCUCUCCGACGUCACUCAGGAGUCAAGGGGCCCGCCCCUUCCGGGAGUCAGAGGUCACGUCUUGAAACACGUGCACGAGACGACCGUCAGCGAUUUGAUCCGCGUCGCGUCAGAGCACCGAGGUUCAGUGUUAAUGGGCACCACAUACAGUGAGCCCUGCAUUAACGACUCUCUGUCUGAUAUAGCGGUGGGUUUGGGGCUGGACUAUGUCAAACUGGGAGGUCUGAGCGGCGCCGAGAGGAUGACUAAAUACAACCGGCUGAUUUCUAUAGAGGAGGAACUGGUCCAACAAGGAAUCCUGGUCUCCAAGGAGAAGCACUCCCCUCCGCUGUUCGGGGAAACGCUAUAAAAGCGGGCCACUGCGGGCGGAGGCGGAGCCCCGUCGGACGAGGCCUGAGGGAAGGCGGCUCGCAGCCCCCGUCGCUCUCUCAAGAGAAGGACAGACGCCUUCAAAAGUGCCACCGCAUUACAUUCGACUCUUAUCUCUCACUCUCUCGCAGGUCAGGAUUUCACUUAUUAAAGAGAAAAACCUGCUGUGUUGAUGACAAACAUGAUGAAGUGCAUCAGUUGUGGUGCUACCGGUCUGUAUAAAAUAAAAUGAAAUAAAAAUGUGAAGCUAUUCAGACACAGGCUGAGUGGGUAAACACGACCUUCAAUAAAGACGUUGUUUUUU